AUGAAUAAUGUGACGUUCGGUGAUGAAACGAUGGGUUACUACGAGACCAUUGCUGGAGGUGCCGGUGCUGGAGAAGGUUUUAACGGCAGGAGUGGAGUUCAUACACAUAUGACAAAUACGAGGAUAACAGAUCCGGAGAUUCUGGAAAGCAGGUAUCCCGUUAUUCUCCGCGAGUUCUCUUUACGCGAAAAUUCUGGAGGAAAAGGAAAAUGGCGUGGAGGAGAUGGAGUGGUUCGGAGCCUUCAGUUCCGAAGACCUCUCUCGCUGGCCUUGCUCACUGAAAGACGAGUUUUUGCUCCAUACGGUCUCAAAGGCGGAGGAGAAGGUGCACGUGGUGUGAACAUACUGAAAAAACAGUCGCGUACCGUGAACCUUGGCGGGAAGAUCACUUUACGAGUGGACCCUGGAGAUAUCCUUCAUAUACAGACACCCGGUGGAGGAGGCUAUGGCACCGAGUAA